AUUUGUACUUUUCUAAAAAUAUAAGAAAUGCAACAGAAAUGAUAAGAAACAAUGUGUUCUGCGUUGCCACCUCCCUGCCACCGCAGCUGCGCGACUAGCCACAACUCAAGUCAGCCGAUAGGAUAUCUGUUCACGUAGCCGGGAGCACCCUUGGGCCCGGGCCGGGCAGGCCGAGGAGGGCCCAGCUAUCAUCAGCGUCAUCCAAGUCCUGCGCGCAGCGCGGUACAGUGCCUUAGCAGCCGCGCGCGGAUCGACCGGCCAGCCGACCUGCGCACUCUGCUAGCCAGUGUUUCCUCUGUUCCCGCGUUGAGCGGCGGUUGUUCCGCAGAUGUGCUGGCCCUUCCUGGCACCCGCGCCGUCUCGUCUUGCGUCGCGGCUGGCGGCCGGGCGGAUGUGCCAACAUGACCGGCCUCAGCGCGCCCGCGCUCGCGCCCGUCCUGCCGUGGCCGCCGCCGAGGCGCCGGAGCUCCGACGUGCCCUCGUUGGGGUCUCGUGACGGCUGCUGGCUCGUGGACUCGACCCCCUCCAGUGGCGUGGCCUGCGUCCUCUGGGAUUGCCCCUGCCCCGCGCCAGACCUCUGGGGCGGCAGGAGAGUGAGCGCCCGCAACAGUAUGCUCAUCUGCACGCCCUCUUCGGACUCGAACGGCGAAAACGACAGUGGGGACAGUGGCAGCAGCUGCAGCGGGGGCAGCUGCAGCGGGGACAGCUGCAGCGGCAGCCCGAGCUCUAGUUCCUUCCGUGGCGGCAGCAGCUGCAGCGACAACGUCCUCGUGACGCCCAUGGACGCCAAGAAGGUGGCGCACCUAGCCGUGACGCAGUCAUGCGCUCGCAUGGCCGUCGGCAGCGUGUCGAUGACCAACGCCUCCGCCCAGAUCGGGAACAUCAGCAACUUCAACGGCCCCGUGACGGUCGUCGUGGGCAGCGCCGGCGGCGAGCUCGACCGGGCCGAGGAUGCGCGGCCCGAGCCGCCUCAGCUCCCCGACCGGCUGCACGACAAGUGCCCCACCGUGGAGUCAGCGCCAGCCUUGUCUCAACCCGACAGCCAAACUUCAACCGCACGUGCAUUCCAACGGUGUAGGCAGCCCCGAGUCUUCCUGCCCGGGCUGGCGGCCGCGGCCCUGGCGCUGAUGCUCCUCGCGGCCGCGGUGUUCUUCAGCUGGGGCGAUGCUCCGCACUGGGAGGAAGAGGAGCACGUGAAUGUGGUGCCGCGGGAGUCCUGGGGCGCGCGGCCGGCGAGGAGCUCGACAGCCCCCCUCGUGCCCCUCUGGUGGGCGAUCGUCUUCCACCACACCGAGACGGACGCUUGCCUCGAGCGCGAGCAGUGCGUCAAGCAGGUCCGGGAGCUGCAGCGGGAGCACAUGGACGUGCGCGCGCCCGCCCUGGACGACAUCGAGUUCAACUUCCUGGUGGGCGGCGACGGCGCCGUGUACGAGGGGCGCGGCUGGGACGCGGUGGGCCGGCCUCUCGGCGGCUGGCACCACGAGUCGCUCAGCGUGGCCAUGAUCGGCACCUUCCACCAGCGCCAGCCCACGGCGGCGCAGGCCGACGCCGCGCUGCGCUUCGUCGAGUGGGCCAUGUCCGACCUGGAGAGGAUCAGGACCGACUACAGGGCGGCGGGCGCGUGCCAGUUCGAGGACACGGACAGCCCCGGCGCUCGCGUCAUGGACAUGCUGGUGGUCUGGCCGCACUGGUGGAACCACAGCACCGUCGACGCACCGUGCAUACCGAUGAGAAAAGCGCAGUCGGCACUCUCCUGAUAAUUGUUUUAGUUAUACUAUUUAUUUAUUUCUUUUACA